CUUCAUUGCAAAUACGGUGUUGACGACACCACUUUGUCCUAUCCCUUCUAUACCCAAUCUCGAGAUCUCCCUCCAUACAGCAGUCACUCCCUUUUCCAAGUGAUAGAAGUGGUAGCAAAUGAACCAUGGCUGCCACCUCUCUCUCUAUAUCUCUCUCUCCCUUUCCUCUCUCCUCUUCCUUUCUCAGCCCAAAACCUCGCUUGUUUUCACUAAAUACCCACAGUGAUUCAUCUCUCUCACUUACCUCAAAGAGGGCCAUCCAAUUUAAUACUACCCCACGUCUUGAAAUUCCUUCGAAAAGGGUCCAAUUCUGGAAAACCUCUGCUGUUUCUGGAGAUGCUUUGCCUGUAGAAGCAAACCCAGUUGAGAAUUCUGAGCAAAUUGUUGCUUCCAGUGGCGGUGAUGUUGUCUCCACCAUCAUCUCUGUCCUUCUGUUCUUGGCUUUCAUUGGCCUAUCGAUUCUCACCAUAGGGGUUAUCUACAUAGCAGUCACAGAUUUUUUGACGAGGAGGGAGUCGGAUAAAUUUGCGAAAGAGGAAGCGGCUAGGAAUAAGAAGAGGAAGAAGAGUGGUAAAAAUAAGAGGGUGAUUAGAGCUAGAGCCGGACCCAGAGGGUUUGGACAAAAAAGAGUGGAGGAAGAAGAUGAUUAGAUUGCAAAAAUUACAGUCGUAAGCUUCUCAUUGUGUUUGUGGAAUCUUAAUUUCUGAAAUGCAGAAAUAGGUUGAAACCCAUACCAUGUGUGAAUUUUCUCUCGAGAUGAUUCAAUUCUGAGGUUUGUUUUCUAAGUGCGAUUCUUCAUCUAGCAGUUGAUUUUCAAUCAAGACAACUUGACUGGUUUGAUUCAUUUUUGAAAGCAUUGUUUAUUUAAUCACCUCAGUAAUUUGAAAGGAGGAAAUUGUUGGAA